UGCUCCUCCGAAAUCUCCCAUCCACAACGAUGAGCGUACCGAAGGCAGUGGCAGCGACGAUCCGGCUCACGGUGCCGGCCGGAGGAGCUCGGCCGGCGCCACCGGUUGGACCGGCGCUGGGUCAGUACCGGCUGAACCUGAUGGCGUUCUGCAAGGACUUCAACGCCCGCACCCAGAAGUACAAGGCGGAGACACCCAUGGCCGUUACGAUAACGGCGUACAAGGACAACACCUUCGAGUUCACCGUUAAGUCGCCGCCGGUGUCGUGGUACCUGAAGAAAGCCGCCGGCGUGGAAUCCGGUAGCAGCCGGCCCGGUCACGUGACCGCGUCCUCGUUGUCCGUGCGGCACGUGCACGAGAUCGCGAAGGCGAAACAGUCCGAUCCGUACCUCCAGAACAUGCCUCUCGAGUCCAUUUCUAAGUCCAUCAUUGGAACCGCCAACAGCAUGGGGAUUAAGAUCGUCAAGGACCUCGAUUGAAUCAAUCUUUAAUAUAUCAAUUGCUUUGUUGUGUUGUGCUAUUAGGAUUAGGGUUAGGGUUUCUCUUUUAAACCUCUUUUGAAUUUGCUUUGAAGAGGAGCCAAAGCUUGCACAUAUGGUUUGGUUAUUUUGCUAAUGAUGUUUUGAUUUGACAAAUCUUAUCAUAUGAAUAAAGUUGUUAGCAAUUGGGUGACGCUUGUUAACAAGAUCGGUUAUGUGCUUCAA